AAAGAUUAGUCCGGUGUCUGAAUCUAUUUGAUACGGAACAUUAAUUUAAUAAGAUCAUAAUGUUGUGGUUCUCGUUGAUUUUCUUGAGCUUUCUCGGCAUUAGUGCGAGUUCUCCCGUUAAAAGUCCGGAUUUGUUCGAACUUUCUGUGAUACACGUUAACGACUUUCAUGCCAGAUUUGAUGAGGUGAGCACCUCGUCUGGAUCCUGCAACGACCCGCAGACCUGCAUCGGCGGUUUCUCCAGACUGUACACGCAAAUCCAGAAUUUACUACGGGAGAAACCGAAAUCGCUGCUGCUGAAUGGCGGCGAUAAUUUCCAGGGAACUUUGUAUUACACGUUGGGAAAGUGGAACAUUACGCAGGAGUUUAUGAAUAAAUUACCCUUUGACGCUACGGUCCUGGGAAAUCACGAAUUCGAUGAUGGGGUCGAGGGCGUAGUGCCAUUCAUCAAAACCCUUAAAACCCCCAUAGUAUGUGCCAACAUUAAUGACGACCAAGAACCAUCCAUCCAAGGUACAUACAAGAAAAGCGUCGUGGUAGAAAGAGAUGGAAAGAAAAUCGGGAUUAUCGGGGUGAUAUAUGGAAAAACUGAUACUAUUGCUAACACUGGAAAUCUAGUGUUUUAUCCAGAAUCUGCCAGUGUAAAUGCUGAGGCGGAACGUUUAGUUCGAGAGGAAGGUGUCUUUACCAAUAUAGUUUUAUCACACGUUGGAUACGACAUUGAUCAGCAAAUUGCAGCAAAUGCUAGCGAGAAAAUUGGACUUAUUGUCGGUGCCCAUUCACACACCUUCUUAUAUACCGGUGAUAACCCUCCUGGUCCAGACACACCCGGAGGUCCAUACCCGACGAUAAUCCAGAGCAAACACAACAAGAGCGUGCUAAUUGUUCAGGCAUCUGCGUACACGAAAUAUCUGGGCAACAUCACCGUCUAUUAUGACAGUGACGGGGAAAUUUCCAGUUAUUCUGGAUCACCUAUAUUUUUGGAAAAUUCUCUGCCAACAGAUGAAGAAGUCAAUGAGGCGUUGGCUCCCUGGAAAGAAAUCGUCGAGGCGGAAGGGUCAGUUGUAAUGGGAACUUCCUUGGUUAAAUUAUCCAGGACUGGAUGUUACUAUAAGGAGUGCAAUUUGGGGAAUUUCGUAACUGAUGCUUUUGUGUUUUAUUAUACCCAAAACAGGCAGCAAAGCAACAAUUCCUGGACAAGAGCCCCCAUUGCCAUCAUCAACGCUGGUGGACUCCGGACGGACAUCGAAAUUGGCAAUAUCACUUAUAAUGACCUGGUAACUGCUCAACCGUUUUCCAAUACAGUGGACUACGGAGUGUUACAAGGGAAAUAUAUCAAAGAACUACUGGAACAGAGCGCUGGAAACUUUAACAACGAAAGAAUCUCCUCUGAAUUGAAGCUUUUACAAGUUUCCGGUAUUCAUGUGGUGUACAACAUCUCAAGACCAUCGGGUGACCGUGUGGUAGAACUGAAAAUACGCUGUCAGUACUGUGACGUUCCAGAGUAUCAAGAAUUGGACCUAAAUGCCAACUACAGUAUGGCAGUACCGUCGUUCAUUACUGGAGGUGGUGAUGGUUUUACUGCCCUGUCAAAUAACAUAAAAGACGUUGUUACUGGACAAGUGGAUGUGGACGUGUUUAGGAUCUAUUUGGAACAUAGAUCGCCAGUUUUUGCUGAGGAGGAGGGUCGCAUAACGGUCGUGAGCGAUCACGAAAUUGAGGCCAGAGGGAUGGAUUUGUGAGGAGAAAUAAAAAAGUUGUGAUUUUUU